AUGGAUCUGCCAUCAGUGAGAGACAGCUGCGAGGCCCGCACCGCACCCACGUGCACAGGACAUACAACCGCGUCCGCCGUCGUAACACUGGACUCACAACACCGUCACAAUAACCAGAACCACCGUCACACAACCAGACUCACAAAACCAUCAUACCACCGGACCCACUGUCACACAACCGCAACCACUAGCACACCACUGGACUCACAACACCGUCACAACACCAGACCCACCACCGGAACCGCCAUCACACCACAGGAGCCACCAUCACACAACCGCUCCCGUCAUAGCACCACUGGACUCACAACGCCAUCACGUCAACAGAACCACCAUCACGUCAGCAGAACCACCAUCACGUCAGCAGAACCACCAUCACGUCAACAGAACCACCAUCACGUCAACAGAACCACCAUCACGUCAGCAGAACCACCAUCACGUCAGCAGAACCACCAUCACGUCACCAGAACCACCAUCACGUCAACAGAACCACCAUCACGUCAGCAGAACCACCAUCACGUCAGCAGAACCACCAUCACGUCACCAGAACCACCAUCACGUCAACAGACCAACCUUCAUACCACAAGACCAACCCUCACAUCACCGGUCCCACCAUCACACAACCGCAUCCACCAUCUGGACUGGACCAACCCUCAUACCACCAAAUCCACCAUCAUGCAACCAGACCCAGCACCACACCACCAGAGCCACCCUAACAACACCAGAGCCACUGUCACACCACCAGAACCACCCUCACACAACCAGACCAACCAUCAUAUGACCAGACCCACCGUCACGCCACCAGACCCACCAGACCCACCAGACCACCAGAUCCACCAGACUCACCAGCACGCCACCAGACCAACUCUCACAUGA